GUCAAUUUGGAAGGUAACGCUUCAUUCUUAAAUGAUCAGGGCAUUAUGGAGUACACAACUUGGGGGCCGAAAGUGACGAGCGUUAACGAAAAUAUACACUUUACCCGAUUUUACAACGUCUCAUCGAACACCAAUUACACGGUACGAAUUUCGGCAGUGACACGCACGAAGAAAAAUGGCGAAUUUAAGGAGCUAUAUUGUCGUAUGCCGCCGACCGUGCCUGAUAAGCACAAGCUGUCUCGUUUCUCCUGGCACAAAGUGGUGGAGGAAGGAAAGUGGAUGUUCAAAUUGCUAAUGCACAGAAUUUCGGAACGUAACGGGCCCAUUUGUUGCUACAGAAUCUAUAUGGUACGUAUGGAAACGCAACAAAAAAUUGCGGAGCUGCCCGCGCCGGAAAACUUGCCCAUUGUUUCGUACCAGGAGGCCCAUCGAACCCCGAAGGGCGGCGUUUACGUUGCAGAAAUGUUUACCAGCACAUCAUUUCACCCGGAAGUGUUUCUCGGAGAUGAUCAGGUGUAUAACGUAAGCAGCUCGUUGUGCGACGAAUGUGUAGGUCUACGUCCAUAUUCCCUUCCAAGAAGACAGCGCUCGACUGAUAACAAGCAUGAAGAUUUAAUCAGUCCUUUGCCGCCCUACGAUGGAAAUUUAGAUAUGGGUAGUAAUUAUACCGGUUUCAUCGAAAUUGUCAUUCAAGGGUCAGAUCCGGAUCAGGGUAUCACGGCUUACAGCAACUACUUGGUGAUGAUGAGUCCUGGACCAGAAUCCGUCGAAGCAGCCGCUAGCACGGGAACGAUGGGUUUGGUGGUUCAGCUGAUCGCGGGAUUUUGUGGAGUGGUUGUUCUUCUGCUCAUUGCGAUCUUCAUCUUGCAUAGACAUUUGUGUAGGAGCCUACGAGGGAGACAACGCUUGGUGUCGCUGAAUCCGCCGGACAUGUGCCCCAUCUUGAGAUCGGAAUUGACAGCCGCAUACGUGGAGAGGCAUAGGGACUCAGACUAUGGCUUUCAACAGGAAUUUGAGCUUCUUCCCGAUAGAUUUAUUGAUCGCACAACGAGGGCAUCAGAUGCAAGAGAAAAUGUAUACAAAAAUCGAUAUCCAGAUAUAAAAGCAUAUGACCAAACCAGAGUCAAACUAUCACAGGUUGAUGGUGUUUUAGGUUCUGAUUAUAUCAAUGCUAAUUAUGUGCUAGGUUAUAAAGAACGCAAAAAAUUUAUAUGCGCACAAGGACCAAUGGAUACUACAGUGAACGAUUUCUGGCGAUUGAUUUGGGAGCAGCAUUUAGAAUUAAUUUUAAUGUUAACAAAUUUAGAAGAAUAUAGUAAAACUAAGUGCGCGAAAUAUUGGCCAGACAAAGACGAAAGUAGUAAAACAUUUGGAAAUAUUACCGUAUCUCAUAUACAGGAAACUAGAUACUCAGAUUUUAUAGUUAGAGAACUGAGGCUAAGUAAGGAGUCGGGAGGACGCGAAGAAGAGCGCAUCAUUUCCCAAUAUCACUAUUUAGUUUGGAAAGAUUUCAUGGCGCCCGAGUAUCCUUACGGUUUAAUCAAAUUUAUAAAAAGAAUGAAUGAGGCGUAUACUUCAGAUAAAGGUAGUAUUUUAGUUCACUGUAGUGCGGGAGUUGGGCGUACUGGUACCUUAGUCGCGCUUGAUUGCUUAAUUCAGCAGAUGGCGGAAGAAGGACAUGUUACGAUUUUUAACACCGUUUGCGAAUUGAGACAUCAGAGAAACUUUUUGGUACAAUCACUGAAACAAUAUGUGUUUAUCUAUCGUGCGAUAAUGGAAGUAGCUCAAUAUGGUGAUACGGAAAUCGAGGGGGUGGACAUCAAAGCGACUGUUGAGAAGCUUAGACAAAAGGAUUCGAAUGGUGUUGUAAAGCUACAAGAGGAAUUUGACAAUAUCAAGGAUAUCGUGGAGGAUACGAAAUGUUGCUCUGUCGGAAGCAGCGAAGACAAUAUAGAGAAAAAUAGGAGUAGUUCUGUGAUCCCAUAUGAUCGAAACCGAGUCAUUUUAACGCCAUUGUUAGGAAAAGAACAUUCAACUUACAUCAACGCCUCCUUUAUUGAGGGUUACGAUAAUUCCGAAUCCUUCAUUAUCACUCAGGAUCCGGUCGAGGCGACAAUAACCGACUUCUGGAGGAUGAUCUCGGAGCAGGGCGUUAACGUGGUCGUCAUGCUUUCUGAGAUAGGAGACAAUAAAUGUCCUCGUUACUGGCCGGAGGACGAAAGCUUCUACGAUCACAUUAAGGUGAGGUACGUGCAGGCAGAGAGUUGCCCGUACUACACUCGGCGGGAGUUGUUCGUAAAAAAUCGCGACAGUGAGGAUUUACAUGUCACUCAUUUACAGUAUCACGGUUGGCCUACGGUAGAUGGGGAGGUGCCGGAAGUGACUCGAGGGUUGAUAGAGUUGGUUGACCAUGUGCAAUGGACGCUUAAUGAGCAUGGGUCAAGUGCGUCGGUUGUUGUUCAUUGCGGGUUAGGUGCGGAGAGAAGUUCUCUUUUUGUAGGCUUAAGCAUACUUGUACAACAGCUACGGGUUGAGCAUCGUGUGGAUAUUUUUACCGUUACCAGAAAGUUGCGUCUGCAAAGGCACGCUCUGAUUAACAGUUAUUCUCAAUAUGAAUUUUUGCAUCGUGCGAUUGUGAACUAUGCAGAAUUACAUGGACUGUGCGAUAUAUAAGUAUUAUAGUGCUAUUUUUUUGGCAUUUAAGUUUUACAUUCCGAUAACACUGUACUUUUAAUUUUUAUACAUUUACUUACGCCAAGAGUAUCAUUUUUUAUCUGUCAGAUGUGCAUUUAAAUGCGGUAUGAAAGUGUAAUCGAUAAAUUUUAUUUUCCUAAGUAGUAUAUUGUGUAUUUGUAUAUGGGUAUUUGCCAUAUUGAAACAUUUGACUGUUGCUUUGUAAUGAGACCCAUUAUCGUUAUCAAUUUUAACGCGUUUUUUUUUAUUGUUGUCGUAGACGUUAUGUUACUCGAAUCAAACCAAAGGAAUAGAAUUUAUAAGUUAGCGACAUUAACCACUUACAGAUGACUAAGAUUAUUUCGUGGAUUUUGUAAAUUGACAACUACUCUUAGUUCACUGUAUUCACAAAAUGUGUUAUAUUCAAUUUUGUAUUGUCUUUCACUUUUAUAGUUAAUCAUUAAAGUAAAAUUGACUUAACAACA